CUCCUCCUCCUGCUCCUCUCCGUGUUUCCUCUCCACUGGUGGAACCAUGGAGCUCCGCUCCGUCCUCCCGGCUCUGCUCUGCCUCUCCGCCGCCUGCCUGCAGUCGGUGUCCGGCGCGUUUUCACGGCGGGGACCGAAGGUCACCGAGAAGGUGUUUUUCGACAUCACAGUGGGAGGUCACGAGGUGGGCCGCAUCGUCAUCGGUCUGUUUGGAGAGGUCGUCCCUCUUACUGUCAACAACUUUGUCGCCUUGGCAACAGGAGAGAAAGGUUACGGCUACAGGGGGACAAAGUUUCACAGAGUCAUCAAGGACUUUAUGAUCCAAGGAGGAGAUUUCACAGCUGGAGACGGAACCGGAGGUCACAGCAUCUAUGGGACGACGUUUGCAGAUGAAAACUUCAAACUGAAGCACAUAGGAGCCAGCUGGGUGAGUAUGGCCAACGCUGGGCCGGACACCAACGGGUCGCAGUUCUUCAUCCUGUCCACCAAAGCGCCGUGGCUGGAUGGGAAACACGUGGUCUUCGGCAAAGUUCUGGACGGGAUGGCCGUGGUUCACACCAUCGAGCUGCAGGACACCAACGACAGAAACCUGCCGUACACCGAGUGCGUCAUCGUGAACAGUGGCAGGAUCCCGGUGAAGGAGCCCUUCGUGGUGGAGGUGGACGGCUGGUAGACGUCGUCUCCUGGAGGACAAACACUAAAAACACUUUAGCAGCAGGAAGUCCUGUUUCAAGCCGUGCCAACUUCAUAUCUUUCCUUUAGUUUGCUUAAAUGAACAGAAUAUCGGUUUAAUGUUUAACAGGAUAUUUUGGUUUUUUCUUAUUUUUCCCAGCUUUUGAGCCGAACUACUAAAACUGAAAAGACUCAAAGUACGGAGGGAAUGUUGUCCCAUUAUUGUUGCAAAGUAAAGAAGCUGCUUUAUAAAAGGAAAAAUUUCCUAAUCAGAAGAUUUGAAGAGUAACUUUUAUUCUUUGUUUUGGUUUUCAUGUUUUAUUAUUUAAAAAAAAAAACUUUUUUUUUUUACAGGUUUUACAUUUUAAAAUUUUACUUUUGGAAAAUUGCAUUUUAAAAAGAACGAAAUUCAUAAAAACUCAAUCUGAAAAAGAGAGAUUUUAAAAGUAGAAAAUAAAUCAUCUGUAAAAACAAAAUUAAAGAAGAUAAAAUGUAAAUAAAAAAAUUAAAUCUAUGCAAACAGUUAAGACCUUUGUUAACUAUGAAAUUUUUCAAGUUUCAUUUCAUUUUUUCUAAAGUUUUCCUUUACAAAAUGCAUUUUUGGUUGCAACAAUAAUGAUCCAACAGUCAUUUCAUAUGUGAAUAAGUCCGUCUAUCUUGAAAUAAGUGUAAUUUUCCCCUGGUUGUAGCAGGUAGGUAAGACAAU